CAUUGUUUUUUUACAAAGUUUGGAUUUUUUUUAAUGUUCUAGGUUUCCAAUUUAUCCUCUUUUCUGAUUUUUUUUUUUGAUUCCCUUUCCUGUUAUCUCUCUCAAAUUUGGCAGUUUAAUGAAGAUACAUGCUGAGCUCUCUCGUAUUAUGUCUCAGAUCGGAACUUUAAUGGACUGCAUAUAUUCUGUAACUGUGUUUUGCGUGGUGAUUGAUUAAUUUAUACAGAAUUUUAAGUCCCAGAUGCAAUUUUUGUUUUUUAAUUUUAAUUUCUGGGAACGAACCAUUUGAUGUGAUGAUAGAGUGUUUGAAGGUAGUAAGUAAUCUAGGAAGUUUGUAAAUUGAGGAAAAGGUUGUUUUUUCUUUUGAAAGUGUCUUAUAAUUAAGGAGUAAGUGCAGAGCAUAGAUGGGGAGAAGAUGUAAAGCAGCCAGUUUUGAUCGAGAUGGACUGAUGGCAGGGAUUUCCAUGGAAAAGAGUAUUAUGGUUCUGAGAGUUUCAGGUAUUUUGGACUGUCCUACCAUUGUCUUGUGCUUGGGUUCUGAAAGAUAUUUAGCAGAUUUUGCUGUGCUUUUGUUUUGAAGUUUAUCGCCGUAUCUGAAGAUUGAAGCAAUGGCCAGUCUUGCUGAUUCUUUCUUGGCGGACCUUGAAGAUUUAUCGGACAAUGAAGCCCAUCUUGACGAUGAGGAAGCUGAUGUAGCAGACAUGGAGGAGGAUGCUGAUGGUGAUAUAGCUGAUAUUGAAGCACUAAACUAUGAUGAUCUUGAUAGUGUUUCAAAGCUGCAGAGGACGCAACGCUAUAAUGAUAUUAUGCAGAAAGUUGAAGAUGCACUCCAGAGAGGAUCCGAUAUAUCUGGUCAUGGAACAGUCUUGGAGGAUGAUCCUGAGUAUCAACUUAUUGUUGAUUGCAAUUCUUUAUCUGUCGACAUUGAAAAUGAAAUCAUCAUAAUUCACAAUUUUAUACGUGAUAAGUACCGCUUGAAGUUUCCUGAACUUGAAUCUCUUGUUCACCACCCAAUUGAUUAUGCUCGGGUUGUGAAGAAGAUUGGAAAUGAGAUGGACUUGACCCUUGUUGACUUGGAGGGGCUUCUACCUUCAGCAAUUAUUAUGGUCAUUUCUGUUACAGCAUCAACUACAAGUGGCAAGCCUCUGUCAGAAGAGAACCUAAAAAAAACAAUUGAUGCAUGUGACCGAGCACUUGAUCUUGACAUUGCAAAGAAGAAAGUUCUUGAUUUUGUAGAGAGCAGGAUGGGGUAUAUCGCACCAAAUCUUUCUGCUAUUGUUGGAAGUGCAGUUGCAGCUAAACUUAUGGGAACAGCUGGUGGCUUGUCUUCAUUGGCAAAAAUGCCAGCUUGCAACGUUCAGCUUCUUGGGGCAAAGAAGAAAACCCUUGCUGGAUUUUCUACUGCAGCCUCUCAGUUUCGUGUAGGUUAUCUUGAACAAGCUGAGAUUUUUCAGAGCACCCCUCCUUCUUUGAGGACCCGUGCUUGUAGACUGUUGGCUUCAAAAUCAACGCUAGCAGCAAGAGUAGACUCAACAAGAGGAGAUCCAACGGGGAAGACUGGAAGGAACUUGAGAGAGGAAAUCCGUAAGAAGAUUGAGAAGUGGCAAGAGCCACCCCCUGCAAAGCAACCAAAACCCCUUCCAGUUCCAGAUUCAGAGCCCAAAAAGAAGAGAGGUGGUCGUCGACUGCGGAAAAUGAAAGAGAGAUAUGCAAUCACUGAUAUGAGGAAGCUGGCUAACAGAAUGCAAUUUGGAGUGCCAGAAGAAAGUUCCCUUGGUGAUGGCUUGGGUGAAGGUUAUGGCAUGCUUGGUCAGGCAGGAAGUGGGAAGUUGCGUGUGUCAAUUGGUCAAAGCAAACUUGCGGCCAAAGCUGCUAAAAAGUUUAAGGAGAAGAACUAUGGAAGCAGUGGUGCAACCUCAGGACUGACAUCUAGUCUUGCAUUCACCCCUGUACAGGGAAUAGAGCUCACGAAUCCACAGUCUCAUGGAAAUCUGCUCGGCAGUGGAAUCCAAAGCACUUACUUCUCAGAGAUGGGGACAUUCUCAAAGAUCAAGAGACCUUAAUUUAGAUAUUUCAAUUGUCUCUCUGUUGUAAAUUUAAAAUUCUAAGUGGUCUUUUUCAUCUCCCAAGACCAAUACAAUAUAGAAGAAUGUUGCCAAGAAACUAGUGGAGUCCCUUUCCAGUGCUCGAUGUGUGUGCUUCUUAUUGUUUUCCUGGAUGAUAGCCAUUGUAAAUUAACUACCGGUCUGCAAUAAGCUCCAUUCCAUGUCAUUUCUCUCAUCAAA